GUGCACUGGAAGCUGCCUGAAGGACAGAGGACCUCAACAUAGUGAAUUCAUCAACUUCAAGAUAAAUGGAAAAAAGUGCUACUGAUCAGGAGGUGAAGGGUUUCAGAAAUGGCCAUGAGUUGGUGAAAUCAGUUUCAGAUAAGCAACUUGAACUUUUGAGGCCAUCAGCUCGACAUGUUUCAGUGAUUAAAGCGAUGUCAACUGAAGUUUUGGACGAUGCAAAAGGGAAGUAUUCCCUGCUUAGGGAUACCGAAGAUGGCCAAUUCGGGAUGUACGACAAACCUCUCCCUUGCUUUGGUUGUGGGAUAGGAUGGUUUUCGUUUUUACUUGGAUUUGUGUUCCCAUUGCUGUGGUACUAUGCCACAAUUCUCUAUUUUGGGAACUAUUAUCGCAAAGAUCCAAGAGAGCGAGCAGGACUUGCUGCCUCUGCGAUUGCGGCCUUGAUAUGUUCAAUAGCGGUGUUGAUCACAGUACCUAUUCUUAUAUUCUGAUCAUUAUGGCUCUUAAUUUGUCAUCUGUACAUUUCACGUGGAGGAGGCUCCAGGGGAGAGCUCAAAGUCAUGACAAUCAUCUUAUAGUCUUGGCAGCAGCAAGUGGAGAACAAUGAUGCUGCAAGAAGGGUCAUGCAAUCCAAGAAGUAUGUGUGUUUUUCUUACCACUUUUUUCCGGAUAUUUGUAUUGAAGCGCCUUCACUUAUUUUGUAAAUGCAAAGUUGCAAACUGUAUUCUGUACAUGAUGAAAACUCCAGUAUUCCCUUUCUUCAGAACUGUUUGUGAGCCUGUUGCAGUUUGAAUGAUUGAGACGCCAACCUACAGUCAGAAACAAA